AUGGUGGCUCAGCAUGGUCCAGAUGGGUAUACAGAGCAAGCAAUUUAUUACCUUAGUAAGAAGUUCAUAGACUAUGAGACAAGGUACACAACCCUGGAGAAGACUUGUGCAGUUUUGGUUUGGGCAACAAGGAGGUUGAGACAUUACAUGUUGACCUAUUCUGUCUUUUUGGUAUCCAGAAUGGAUCCCAUCAAGUAUCUUUUUGAGAAACCCGCGUUGACGGGGAGACUAGCACGUUGGUUAUUGCUCUUAGCGGAGUUCGACAUUGUGUAUGUCACCCAGAAGUCCAUCAAGGGUAGUGUCAUCACUGAACAUCUAUCCGCACAUUCAGUUGUUGAUAUGAGGCCUUUGAAUGACAUAUUUCCAGAUGAAGAUGUAGUUUCUGUUGAGGUUGAAAAUGAGGUUGGCAUUUGGCAAAUGUUCUUUGAUGGAGCCGCCAAUCACAAAGGUUGCGGAGCCGGAGUUCUACUUAUAACUCCUGAAGGGUUGAACAUGCCCAUGGCAUAUAGGUUGGACUUUGAGUGCACCAACAACAUGGCUGAGUAUGAAGCUUGCCUCAUGGGAUUGAAAGCAGCCAUCUCUAUUGGGGUCAAAAGAUUGGAAGUAUACGGAGAUUCGUCGAUUGUCAUAUGCCAAGUCCAAGAGGGACAAUAA